AUGGACAGAGAAGAUGAGGAAUUUCAGUUUCUUGGGUUCUUGGGCAUCUUCAAAGAAUCAUUCAUCAUUGUCUCAUCAUGGAUCAAGAUUUUCAGCCAAAUAACAGUAGCCAUGAUCCUCCCUCUUUCCUUAAUCUACUUGGGUCAUAUUCAAAUCUCGCAAAUGAUCUUUUCAGAUAUCAUGUUCAACGAAUACAUUCAUGAUAGAAUACCAAAGGGCACCCGUUCAUACGAUAAGAUUUCAGAUAUUUUAUUGUCAGAAUGGACUGCAUUUUUUCUUUUCAAAAUUGGGUACUUCAUUUUCUUUCUCAUUCUUGCUCUUCUUUCAACUUCUGCAGUUGUUUAUACAAUUGCAUCCAUUUACACUGCAAAUGAAAUUAUUCUUAAAAAAGUGAUGAAGGUAGUCCCGAAAGUUUGGAAAAGGCUUAUGGUUACAUUCAUAUGGAAUUCCCUAAUAGUUUUUGCAUACAAUAUCGUUUCUAUAUUGAUAUUCAUUUUGUGGGCUCUUCUUUUUAGAUCAAUACUAUUUGUGGGCACUAUUCUCUUAAUAUCUCUUCUUGUGAUUUACCUAAGUGGGUUUGUUUACAUCAGUAUAAUUUGGCAUUUGGCUAGUGUGGUUUCAGUUUUGGAAGAAUUUUAUGGGUUAAAUGCAAUGGCGAAGAGCCAAGGUUUGAUCAGGGGAAAAACAGGCAUAUCUGCAGCAACUUUUCUUGUACUUAGCCUAAUUUUCUUUGGAAUUCAGCUGGGAUUUGAGUAUUUUGUGGUUCGUGGAUUUGGAGGUGGGGUUACAUCAAGAAUUUUGUAUGGGAUUCUUUUUGUUGUGCUUAUUUCUGCACUUUUUCUUUUUGGGCUUGUGAUUCAGACAAUUAUAUAUUUUGUCUGCAAAUCAUAUCAUCACGAGAGAAUUGAUAAGCCUUCAUUAGCAGAUCAUCUUGGAGGUUAUCUUGGAGAGUAUGUUCCUUUGAAGGCUAAAGAUGUACAACUUGAAGAAUUUGAAGCUUGA